ACCUAUUGAAAGUAUAUUGCAUUUCAUUUUCAAGUCUGCGCGUGUUGAAAAUGGCACUAAUUCACUCAGAAAAUGAUGUAGGUAUCACUAGCAUACGUUCUGGAAUUCGCAAAGACAUUCUUGAAGACCUUUGCAGCCGGUUUCUUAUUAAUAUACCAGAAGAAGAAAAAAGUGACAUUGUCAGAAUAUGCUUUCAAAUUGAGCUUGCACAUUGGUUUUACCUUGACUUUUAUCGUCAAGAAAAUCCACUACUACCUGGGUGUGGAGUACAAGAGUUCAUGAAAAUCAUCUUCUCGGAGUUUCCGUUUUUGAAUAAAUCAAAUAUUAGUACGCAAGAAAUAUUUACAAACUGGAAAAAAUACAAACUGGAGGUCCCCGUCUACGGUGCUAUCAUGCUAGAUGAGUUCCUUGACCAUUGCAUACUGGUUAGGCCAUUCCACAAAAGAGUAAGCUGGGGAUUUCCCAAAGGAAAAGUGAACAAGGAUGAGGAGAACUUUGAGUGUGCUGUAAGAGAGGUGAUCGAAGAGACGGGUUUCGAUAUAACAAAUUACAUCGAUAAAAACGAAUAUUUGGAGAGGGACUUUCAUGAUCACAGGGUUCGACUGUACAUCGUGCCCGGAGUUCCAAGUUCUUCAAAAUUCGAGCCACAGACACGACAAGAAAUCGAGGAUGUGCAGUGGUUCCGCAUAGAUGCUCUUCCUUCUCACAAGAAAGACACUGUAUGUCGCGAUGUACUUGGAUUGAAUCCCUCCUCGUUCUUCAUGGUCCAGCCUUUUGUGAAAGAUCUAAGAAAAUGGGUGAAGCAAAGGAGAGAAAAGGCUAAAACAGAUCUGCCGUUUCCAAGCUAUGUGUCCUUACCACUAAACCAUUCAGUACUGUCUGCAUUUACGCCAGUUUCCCACGAAAAACCGAAUAAGCAAAUAUUCGGAGUUGGGGUGCAAGAUGAUGAUUUUUUACGCAGAAGAAAGGAGGAAGAGCAAAGGAGGUUUCAGGAAACCCAGUUGAAUAUUCACCCGCUUAUGAGCGAAGAAAGCGCUGACGAGGAGCAAAUAUUAAGGGAUGUUCUUGGUAAAAGUGCACCUGGUAAAUUCAGACAUCAGAGUCCAGUGAAAGGGGAGAGAAAAGCCGAGAAAAAAGCCGAGAAAAAAGCCGAGAAAAAAGCCGAGAAAAAAGCCGAUAAUCAACCAGAAGCAAUCCGAAGACUACUAACGGGUACUGUUGCUCCUGUGCAGUCGUCUCAGCCCACCACGCUUGUUGGCGUGCUGUCAAGUGGGUUGCAGAAGGAAUGGCACCAGGAAACCGAGGGAGAUUUUGAAGCGAAGGAGAAGGAAAACGAAGCGUUCUUGUCUCUGUUAUCGAAACGCGACGAAGCAAUGAACUCGGUCGAAGCUCAUUCAGUGCCCGUGAAAAAAAUAGACGGAAAUCUACUGUUUCCUGAAUCAUUUUUUGCUGGCGGUAUAAGAGGUGGCAAAACACUUAACGAAAGUACAAUGGCGCAAAAGUCGAGAGGCUGGUAUAUUGAAGGAUCUCCCAGUGAUUUUGAAGACUCUUUGCUUUCCCGAGCUAAAAAGCCGAACAAACUUCCCCAAAAUGCCUUUUCUAGCGAGUUGAAGAGUAAACGAUCAAACACAUCAUCUGGGGAACUGUCGUUUGCAGUACCCGAGUUCUUAAACUUUAGAUUUGACGUAGAGGCUUUGUUGAAAACACUGCCUCCAGCUGUUCAAAUAGCAACAAGGAGGAGCAUGGCUUUGACAACGAAGUUUCCUCCUGCUUGCAGUACAUAACUGCAGUCAUUUGGAUGCAGUCAACGCGACGGUCUAUCCUUCAUUUUCAGCAAUGCAUAUAUGUUGAAAGGAAGCACAACCGCCCUAUCUCUAUUUCAACCAGCUGAAGCUCAGUGUUGUGUUAUGACGCUCUGUUCGACAAAUGCCUAGUGGUGUGCGAUGUUCAUUUGACGUUAGUAGUUGGGUUUUUGGUGCUGGCUGAACCUGUUUCCUAAAGCUUUUUUCUAAGAUCCCGUUGUUUUUUCAGAUCUUUAAAGGAUAUGUAAAUUUCAGUCGUCACAUACAUCCUCAUUGGUUGCAUUGCACAAUAUGCUACUGUUACAUAUCAAUCAGCAACGUAGCAUUUGCUCUCAACGGUUUCUUUACAAAAAAUGCGUAACAGAGCCUAUUGUCAACUUGGAGGGUCGACUGACGAGAUAUUUUGGCAUUAAGCGAACGUCGGCGAAAACAUUUCAUUGUUUUAAGUCUGGUUCUUCCAUCAAAUCUGUUUUUAUGGUUUUGUAUUACGUUUUUAUGAAGAAGCUCUAGAGCUAUUAUAUGUACUUUAAGACUUUUUCAGCUGUAUUAGAUGUUAUCAAAGUAUUAAUUCAUUUUAGGUA